UAUGAAGUAACUCGUAAACUAAACAGCAGUUAUUAUCAACUAUGUCUUCUCAUGGGGCUGACCAUCAUCACGAACAUCAUGAAGAAGCCGGUCAUGGUCAUGACAACAAAGAGCAUGGCAAAUCGUCUGAACACUGUGUGAAAGACUGCCACAACAAAGAGGGUGCUGGUCAUGGAUCUCAUGACAAGCCACAACAUUGUGGAACUGGUUGUCAUAAACCAGGAUCUGGAAAAGAUCACGGUGGUCACUAAACACAUGUAUCAGAAAUUCCUAGAUAGUUCAUAAACUUAUUUCUUAAAAAUAAUUAACACAAAGUAACUACAGACAUUUUAUUGACUAUUAAAUUUUAAAUAUACAUUUUUAAUGCCUGUA